AUGCCGGAUCGGGGAGCCCCUCCCGGCGCCCGGCCCUGCCCGGCGAGCGGACAGCGAGGCUCCCGGGACUCCGGAGCCCGCGGGCCGGGAAAGAGGCGCGCGGCCGCCGACUCCGGCCGGGGUUGCCUGGCGCCGACCCGAGAGGGGUCGGGAGCGGGCAGGAAGGGCCAGGGAGGGGUGACCCGGCGCGAUCCCUCCCCACCCCCGGCUCUCCUGCCGCCCUCCUGCGCCCUCCUCCAGCCGGCUCCCCCCCCGCCCCUCCGCCGGCAGCUCGCGUGCGGAGGGGGCGCUGGCUGUGCGCGUGCGCGCGGGCCGGGCGCGGCCGUGGGCAGCGCGGGGAACCCACGCGGCCCGGCCACCCGCGGGCGGCGCGGUGGCUCCUCCGGCGCCGGCCUGCAGGGGGCGCCGCGCUCGCGGGGCCGCGGCCUCUGGCGCGGAGGAGGGGCCGCGAGGCCGGCGCGGAAGCGAUCUCGGCCGCGCGUCUCUGGAAGGUCGCGCGGAGUCCGGAGGCUGGUGCUCGCCCGCAGGACGGGGACGGCGCUUUCCCGCUUGUCACCAGCUAGUCCGCUCUCGUGUCCCGCGGCCGGAGGGGGACGGGAGCUGGCCGGGGAGGUCUCCUCCUGGCCGGUGGGCUUUGCCUGCCUGCUCGGAGCUCUGGGUGGGCAGGAGAGCUCUUCUUCUCUAGCGCACGGCCGCGCCGGGCAUCGGAAAGUUUCCUACCAGCUGGGGGACGGAGGCGGACGAAGUGCGAGCCUGCUUCCAGGCUGGGACGACCUGAAAGUACCAGAAGUGUCGCCGGCCAGCCGCGCCCCCGGCUUCCCCAGCAGUCACCCCCUUUCCUGUUCGGGCGGGCGCCGGGCCGGGGGGCCGGGGAGACCUGGCAGUCCCGCCGCCCGCCCGCCACAGGCCUCGGCGACGGGGAUCUGCGCGCUCCCCGUGGGCAGCCUCCGGACCCAGGGCGCGUCCACAGCGCCCACGCGCGGUCCCAAAGCACCUCGAGAGCAGAUCUUGGGGGAGAACCGGGCACUGACCCGAGGCGCCCUACAGCCGCCAAAACCUUGGCCAGAAACCUGGAACGCAGGGCCAGAUUCAGCGGCACUCCUCCCGCACCGAUGCCUGCGCCCCUCCGGCCGUGCACUCUCGGACACAAUGCGGAUCCGCCGCGAGCCGCGCUCGCCCCCGCGGCAGGCGGAGAGCGGGCGCCUCUUUCCCGCUCGUCCGGCACCUCCCGCGCCGCCCGGCCCCCGCCCCGAAGGAGAACAGCUCAAUUACGAAAAGAGCGAAGGAGAGGAAUUAUUCGCGGGAGAAGGGCAGCCCCGAGCACCCCGGCGGCUCCCCGUCUGCGUCUGGGGCGGCGGGCAGGGCCGGCGCAGCGCGGCCGGGGCCGCCGCCGCCGCCGCCGCCGCUGCCGCCGCCGCCGCCGCCGCCGCGCACCUCCCGUCCAUGGCCGGGGGCCAGCAGCCGCCGCCGCAGAGCCUGCUCUACUCGCAGCCCGGGGGCUUCACGGUGAACGGCAUGCUGAGCGCGCCCCCGGGGCCGGGCGGGGGCGGCGGCGGCGGCGCGGGCGGAGGCGCCCAGAGCCUGGUGCACCCGGGGCUGGUGCGCGGGGACACUCCCGACCUGGCCGAGCACCACCAUCACCACCACCACCACGCGCACGCGCACCCGCCGCACCCGCACCACGCGCAGGGACCCCCGCACCACGGCGGCGGCGGCGGCGGCGGCGCGGGGCCCGGACUCAACAGCCACGACCCGCACUCGGACGAGGACACGCCGACGUCCGACGACCUGGAGCAGUUCGCCAAGCAGUUCAAGCAGCGGCGCAUCAAGCUGGGCUUCACGCAGGCCGACGUGGGGCUGGCGCUGGGCACCCUGUACGGCAACGUGUUCUCGCAGACCACCAUCUGCCGCUUCGAGGCCCUGCAGCUGAGCUUCAAAAACAUGUGCAAGCUCAAGCCGCUGCUGAACAAGUGGCUGGAGGAGGCGGACUCGAGCACCGGCAGCCCCACGAGCAUCGACAAGAUCGCGGCGCAGGGCCGCAAGCGCAAGAAGCGGACCUCCAUCGAGGUGAGCGUCAAGGGCGCGCUCGAGAGCCACUUCCUCAAGUGCCCCAAGCCCUCUGCGCAGGAGAUCACCAACCUGGCCGACAGCCUGCAGCUCGAGAAGGAGGUGGUGCGGGUCUGGUUCUGCAACCGGCGCCAGAAGGAGAAGCGCAUGACGCCGCCUGGGAUCCAGCAGCAGACGCCUGACGACGUCUACUCGCAGGUGGGCACCGUGAGCGCCGACACGCCGCCGCCGCACCACGGGCUGCAGACAAGCGUGCAGUGA